AAUUGAUGUCAAUAUUGUUUCAUAUUAAUGACUUUGCAGUACCGUUGACCCAGAACUUCGAAAAAAAUGCAUACUAAGUAGAACUAAUAAAUUACCCUACCUCCAAAGUCCAAAGCCCAAACUCCGAAAGCAAAUCUACCAGAGCAGAGCCAAAACAAAAACAAGAACCCAGCCAGCCUAAUCUUUCCAAGAGGAAGUGGUGCAGCCUUCCCAGCUUUCUCUGCCUCAGCUUCAGCUUCCCCAGCUCGCACACUCUUUCCUCCCCUAACAAACCAUCCUCACAGAAAUAACACAAAAUUUAGCUUUCUUCUUUUAAUUAUGGGAGGAAAUGGAAAGCACAGAUGGAUAUUUUCAUUUUAUCAUCGUUUGAGUUCAUCUCCUAAGCAUAAUAUGACCCAACCUCCACCCGAAUUCCUCUGCCCAAUUUCUGGGUCUUUAAUGUUCGACCCGGUUGUAAUCCCUUCGGGUCAAUCCUUCGACAGAAUCUCCAUCCAAGUCUGCCGCGACCUCGGCUUCACCCCAACUUUUCCCGAUGGUUCAACCCCCGAUUUCUCCAAUCUCAUCCCGAACCUCGCCGUUAAAACCACCAUCCACACCUGGUGCCGCGACCACCACGCCCAAGACCCCGCCCCACUGGAUUACACCUCCGUCGAGGAAAUCGUCCGUUCCAAGAUUCAACAGCAAAGUCCAUCCAGACUUUCAUCGGGUACGGAUAUUCGGGUCUCGGAGCGAGAACUUCUGAACGCCGUUGCUGAAAACCCGCCCGUUUUAUUCUCCCACGCGGCCACCGAAAUAGGUCCACAUAUCAACAACUUAUUCUGCUCAACCUCGUCGUCUUCCGUUGAAUGCGAUAUCAUAACCGCCAGUCCCCGCAUGCCGUUACCACUCGCCACCCUUCCCGCGUGUUUCUCAACUUCCGGUUCUUCAUCUUCUUCCAUUGAAAUCAUCGAAUCUGAAACCCUAAACCCUAAUUGCCAAUCUUCCUCUUCGCUGGAGGAACAAGAGCUUUUCUUAAAGCUUGAAAGUUCCAAUAUUUUGGAACAAGAAACAGGUUUGAUUUCGUUAAGAAAAAUCACGAGGACUAAAGAAGAAUCUAGGGUUUCUCUUUGUUCUCCUCGGCUACUCUCAACCCUUCGAUCUUUGAUCAUUUCCAGAUACAGCGUUGUUCAAACCAACGCAAUCGCUUCUCUUGUUAAUCUUUCAUUGGAGAAAUCGAACAAGGUCGUGAUUGUACGCUCUGGAUUUGUUCCUCUUUUGAUCGAUGCAUUGAAGGAGAGAUUUAGUGAGGCGCAGGAGCAUGCUGCUGGUGCGCUCUUCAGUUUGGCUUUAGAAGACGAAAAUAAGAUGGCGAUUGGGGUUUUAGGCGCGUUGCAACCGUUGCUUCAUGCGCUGAGAUCGGACUCCGAACGUACUCAGCACGAUUCCGCACUCGCUCUUUACCAUCUUUCUUUGAUUCAGUCAAACCGAGUUAAAUUAGUGAACCUCGGCGCCGUAUCGACUUUGUUAUCGAUGGUAAAAUCGGGGGAUUGGGCGAGUCGGGUGUUGUUAGUAUUGUGUAAUUUAGCUGCAUGCUCGGAAGGUAAAUCAGCGAUGCUUGACGCCAAUGCGGUGGCGAUAUUGGUGGGAAUGUUGAGGGAAAGCGAGUUGGUACCAGAGGCGACUCGGGAGAACUGUGUUGCCGCGUUGUUUGCGCUGAGUCAUGGUAGCUUGAGGUUCAAAGGACUUGCAAAAGAAGCGAGAGCCGUGGAGGUUUUAAGGGAAGUGGAAGAGAGAGGGAGCGAAAGGGCCAAAGAGAAAGCGAAGAGGAUUGUGCAGAUAAUGAGAGAAAGAGAGGGGGCAGAUGAGGAGAUUGAUUUUGAAGGAGCUUUGGACUCUGGUGGACUCUGUCGGACUCUGCACCGAGUUGGCAGGGACAUUUUUGGUGCAAAUUCUACUAAUUUCUAGUUUUUUUUUAAUUAUUAUUAUUAUUAUUUAGGACGUGAAAGUUUGCAGGUAAAUUUCAGGUGGGAUUUUAGGUGUUCAUAUUUUGAUUGGAAUUUUGUAUUUAAAAAAUUGUUGAUGGAACAUGUUAAAGGCAAGUCGGGGCUAGUUUAGUAUUACUUUACUAUUGUUGUUGGGGUUGUAAAAAAUUUAUAUUAAAA